AAUCGUUAAGCUGAUUUAACUCACUUAAGCCGCUCCUCCUCAGUCACGAGUGUUCACACGAGUGCGCAGCUUCCGCACCAGUCAGUUCCAAUCGUGCCGUUGAGUCAUGUCGGUCUACAGAGCCGUUUUGGUGGUUUUCGCCGCUUUUUUCGUCACUGGCUCGUUAUGUAACGACGCUCCCGCCGAGGGGAUGCACCCGGCCCUGGGCCGGCUGCUGCAGUCCACGCAAGCUGCCUGCAACGCCGAAUCCGCCGACGGCUUCCAGAAGGUGGCGGAGUCUAUGCAGCAAAUCUUCCAAUGUCCGGCGGUGGUGGAAAUCAUGCAGCAGCUGCAGGACAAGAACCUCGGGGACACCUUCCACAACUGCUCGGUCGAACGGAUGCUGCCCUGUUACGAUCCGCUGCUCGAUUCGAUCAACCGGUGUUUGACGCGGGAUGGUGCGGACAACCGCCGGGUCUUGCAGGCGAUCGUGCGGGAAGUCCUGGUGCUGGGCUGUAAGAACCGGACGACGGCGGCGGAUCCCAAGGUGUUCUACUCCUGCAUCGAUAGUCUGGACUCACUCGUAGACGACUGCAAGGCACCGUUCGUCAAUCCGAGCGUUCCCAUUUCCGGGUUCAACAAAAGCGAGUGCAGCGAUCUGGAGCAAAGCAAAAGUUGCGUUCAGGAGAAGCUUACGGCGUGCGGAGCGGACGUUACGGUUCCCGGAAUCAGUGCGAUCUACGGUGCGAUUAGUAGUGCUAACCAAUGUGGCGCGAAAAACGUGGCUGAGCACGCAGAAUCUUGAGCUGAAAAAAUAAAUUUGAUUGCAUUCUUCUAA